AUGGUCGAUGCAGCAUUACUUCCGGCUCUCUUCCGGUCGUUGGAUCAGAUUCCCGUGAUUGAUACCCAUAAAGUGGGUAUCAUGUACGUUGCACCUGGCCAGACACAUGAGCUUGAUAUUUUACGGAACGCCCAUGGGUCACCUGCGUAUACAAGGUUCCUCGAGGGCAUUGGCAGACUCAUCAAUCUUCGAGGUCAAGUUGACGUUUAUGCGGGUGGCCUGAGCUCGGACGAAGAUGGCGAAUACGCCUAUGCAUGGUGGGAUGAUAUAGGUCAAGUCCUUUACCACACCGCUACGAUGAUGCCAUCCAAACCUCACGACAAGUAUUGCGUCGACAAAAAACGUCAUAUUGGAAAUGACUAUGUCCGAAUCGUGUGGAAUGACUCCGGAAUCCCCUAUCAGUUUGACACGCUUGCCACUCAGUUCCAAUUCGUGAACAUCGUCAUCGAACCCCAUUCCCUUGGCGCAAUUGCUGCCUUUUCCAAUAACAUUCACGAAAAUGAGUAUUUCAAGGUCACUAUCCAACGUGCCUCUGGCAUGAGUGACUUUACACCUGUUGGUGACUUCAAGCUCAUAUCGGCAGAACAGCUCCCUUUGCUGGUUAGGCAACUCAGCUUACUGGCGGAUUGUUUUGCGUCUGUGUUUGAACGCACAGAGCGAGACACCAAAGAAGUCGAGGUCAUCACCAACUGGCGUGCUCGACUCCAAAAGAUCACGACGUUCAAGAGGGAGAAAAUGCCACCCCCGCAGACUGGGGGUGAAAUCGAAGGAGUAAUUGGGCAGGAGGCUUAUCGCAACUUCACAGCUACAUUCUAG